UUAUUUAAGAUAACCGUGGAAUAACCUCGUCGUCGCACGUUGUUUUUGUUUGUUAUAAGUCCGUGUAAGUAUCGUAAGUUUUGCGAGAUGGCCGGAGUGCUUUUCGAGGACAUAUUCAACGUGAAAGACAUCGACCCGUCCGGUCAGCAUUUCGACAGAGUGAGCCGGCUCCACUGCGAGUCGGAAUCCUUCAAAAUGGACCUGAUCCUCGACGUCAACUCUUGGCUCUACCCGAUGGAGCUCGGGGACAAGUUCCGCCUGGUACUCACGACGACCCUGUACGAAAGCGGCUACCCCGACAACCCUGAGUGGGUGCCGAUCGAGUCGGAGGCGACCAGGGCGGAUUCUUUCGAGUACGUCAUGUACGGCACUCUGUACAGGAUCGAGGGCGACGACAACUCGAAGGAGCCUUCGAAGACAAAGCUGUCCGCUUACGUCUCCUUCGGCGGACUCCUCAUGAGGCUCCAAGGCGACCCAAACAACUUGCACGGCUUCGAAGUCGACCAGACACUCUACCUACUUAUGAAGAAACUCGCCUUUUAAUUUCAAUCUUAUAUUGUAAAUUUUUAUCUCUUUUAAUAAUAAAAAUACCGUUGUAUAAAUAAUAAUA